UCUUGUUCAAGUUGGGUGCAGGAUGCAUGGCCGGUAUCGCGCGUGGCAGCUGGAAGCCUUGGCUCUCCUGCAUCAGGUGCGCUCUCGUAACAACACCCAAGGCGAAAGGAUAACUUCAUCCGCUCGCGAAGGCAACGUGGAGAUGAGUCCACUGAUCACCCGGGUGUGCCACGGCAUCUCGGCGCAAACUCUUGCACCUCGAAGGGUUUUGACAAUCGCUGAAAGGGCGCGCAAAAGCGUGCUCUCGCGCUUAAUGGACAUUCUCUCCCAGAUCAUUGCGGCAGAGGAGGAUAUGUACGUGUCACAUAAACUAUUCAUAUUUCCAAAGGACAGCAUUGACCUGAAGAACAUUUGUUUGCGUAUGGCUGAAGAUGAUUCUGGGAUUUCUCCAAGCGACAGAGAUUUGCGUGACCUACAGGGAUGUUUGAAAUGCAUUGUUGAAAAGCUGUUGUCUCUGUGUAAUGAAAACGAGGCCUCCAGCAUUUUUGUGAUUCUAAAGCUCAAGCAGAUCUGUGACACUUUCCCAAAAAUGUGGUGACCUAUGAUGAAUAGGCCUAGUCUGAACCACAUGGGAGUUUCACAUGACGGAUUUUUUUGUUAGGCCUAUUCCUCAGUAUUGUGAAGAAACACUAAUUAAGGCUAUGUAUGUGUUUUACCUUCAAACAAUGUAUUCAAACAACACAGGGGCGACUCAGUCACUCUGUGAGCCUAUUCUGUCACAGCAACACACUAACUUUGGUGGUCAUGCUGGCCCAGAACAUAACCCUUAUUGACAUUUUUUGACGGAGCAGGCUAGCCUACUUCCUUUUGUCUUCCCACAAGCAGAGCGGUCUAAUAGACUUUCCUCAAACCCGCCAUUGCAUUCAAAACUAUUCUAAAGAUAAUCAGAAUGUUGAAAAUGCCAUGGGGGUAAAUCCCAGUUCUUACGUUGCUCAACAAGCUUCACAAGAUUUUUUGUGUGGGUGAUCCGGUUCUGUUUGUGAGGCAAGUUUUGCAUGGGAUGAGCUGUCAUUCUGCCUUUCAG